AUGACAAGUCAUCGGUUGGAUGUCUACUACGUUGAUGUUGAUGCAUGGACGGGUACCGUGAGCGACCCCGAGGUCUUGGACCUGCGAAGGAAACUGCUACCGGACACUGAAGUGGAAAACGGCAAGGUGGACCAAUACGUCCAGGAGAAGGACCAACGGAUGUGUUUGGUCAGCCGCCUCCUCCCACGCUACUUUGUGAAUAAGGUCACCGCUAUUCCCUUUAGAGAGGUCAAUAUCGUUAACCGGGAAAGACAGCGGUUGGGGAUGUUUUAUCGUAUAUGGACUGCGAAGGAAGCCUACCAGAAGUGCAUAGGUCUAGGGUUCGCUCUCCCCAUGACGGAGUUGGCAGUAGACCAGGAUGGGAUGAUCUUCCGGUCAGAACAAGAUGGCCAGUUUUUUGCAAUGCCUUUGAUAUCUACCGAUUUGAGCAAGCCCCUUCUUGAAGGCCACAACAAUGCGGAGAAGCCGCCCUCUGUUGUAGCGUCUGAGGAUCAGCAAUUUUUCAGGCUACCUAGCCACCCUAGAUACCACAACCCUUUCGAAACACUAACACCUAUUGGAAAAUACGAAAAAUUGAAGAUUUUCCUGUUUACCGUAUCGGGUAUAGCCCCACUGCGAUUUAUCAUUAUCCUGACGAUCGGCGUGCUUGGUAUGGUCCCUGCUAAGCUGGCCCUUGCGGGCAUUCCAAAGCCCAGUGGUGUCCAAGACCUGCAGCCUCCGAUAACAGCGUGGUGGCGGAAAGCGCUGGUCAAAUUCAUGUUACUCUGGGUGAGAGUGAUACUCUUCGUGGCUGGUUUCUAUUGGAUCAACGUGGAAGGCCGGCCAGAUCCACAUACACGGGUAUUUGUUUCGACUCACCAUUCCAUCUGGGAUACCCUUUAUCUGAUGUACUACACUGGCGCAUGUGAGGCGGUUAAAGCUGAGGCAUUCGACAUGCCUUUGAUCGGAACGUAUUUGAGAGUAUUAAGUGCUCUACCUAUUGACCGUCGAUCUGACUUGGGUCGGGAAAGUGCGAGAAGGCAUAUGCGGGAGCGGGCAUUGGAUGAGAGGUACCCGCCCAUUAUAGUGUUCCCUACGGCUACAUGUAACAACAUGAGGCAGUUGACAGAGUUCAAGACGGGUGCCUUUGACACUGGCCUACCGGUUCAGCCCAUUGGAAUCUCAUACUCCUGCCGCUACAACGAUCUCUAUUUGGACGACAACGUAUUAGGGCUGCUGUAUAGAACCCUGUGUGAAUUCGUGAACAACGAGACUAUCACGUUCCUGCCCGUAUAUAGUCCGACUCCAGUUGAGAGGAAAAAUCCGACACUUUACGCGGAGGGGGUUAGAAAGGUGAUGUGUAGAGAGCUGGGGAGAGUAGCGGUGCCCUUCGUAUUCGAAGAUGAGAUGCUGCGAAAUGCAUACGUUGAUGGAGACGGUUUUGUGUCGGCCCGAGAUGUGCGCGAAAAAUUCCGUCUGGGUGCAGACGAGGCCAGAUGCCUCGAUCUACUUAUUCAAACACUAAAGCAAGACGAUCCCAACGGGGACACUCCGUGGUCUGUUCCGGGAGAUGAAACGAAGGGAUGGUACUCGAAAAUAUUCGGAGGAAUUCCAGCUGUACCGCACCGGCCUGAAGAUGUGUAUGUUCCUAACGCCCUGGCCGUUCAUGAGAUCAUACCGAUGUUGCUCGUCCUCUACACUGCUCCUACUUCAGGGAUCCGGCAUCGCCCUUCGUUGGAGCUCCUCUACUCCGUAUUCAAUUUUCCGGUCCCUGCUACGGUACUUGACGAAAGGGAGUUGGCGGAAGCGGUGGGUCGUGGAAUUUGA